CAGCCGACCUGCCCAGUGGCAGUGCUCCAACCGUCCUCCCAAGACCCCCACCCCACCCCCUUUAAUGCUUCUCUUUUCCCCCUUCUUUACUUAACCAUCUCCAUCUCUCUCUCUCUCCUCCUCCUCAUCCAAACCUACUUAGAAGUUAGAACUAUCCCUUUCACUUUUCACCACCCUAGCCAUGAAGAGCGCCACCGCCAUACUCCUCCUCCUCCUCCUCUCCGCCGCCGCCGCCGCAGCCGUGGCACGAGGCUUAGACGCCGAGUUCAAGUCCUCCAAGGGCGCCGGCGCCGGCGCCGGCGCCGGAACGGGGGGGAUACCGGGGCUGGGCUCCGGCGGGGGCGGGGGCGGGGGCGGGUUCAACAUGCCGGGCUACGGCAGUGGUUACGGCGGUCCAGGAGGCGGGUACGCGCGCGGCGGCGUGGUGCGGCCCUCGGUGGUGUGCUCGGAGCGCGGGCCCUGCUACAAGAAGCGCCUCACCUGCCCCGCCAAGUGCUUCUCCUCCUACAGCCGCUCCGGCAAGAACUACGGCUCCGGCGGCGGCGGCGGCGGCUGCACCAUCGACUGCAAGAAGCGCUGCGUCGCCUACUGCUGAUCCCUUUUCCUCCGCGCACCCCCUCGACCCUAUAUAUGUACCCCCUACGUACUCUGUAGUACGCUUUUUGAGCGUAGGUAUACGUAUGAUGAUGGUGUAGUCUUUGCGCUUCGGUUUUAAGGAGAUCGAGUACUUAAGGAGCUGUUAUGUGUAUGACUAUUAUUAUUACUAUGAUUAUUAUUAUUAUUAUUAUUAUUAUUAUUACUAUGUAUGCUGUGCGUGUGUGUGUGGAUGAAUGAAUAAAGAGGCCAACUUUAUCAUUGUG